GGAGAGGGCGUGGUCGGUUUCCAGGAAGUGAGGUCAGUGCUAUGGCCGGCCGGCCGCGAUGUGGUCCUUCUUCUCCCGGGACCCGGUGAAGGACUUUCCGUUCGAGACCAGCGGGGGCCCCGAGGCUUCGCUGGGCCUAUGGCAGCUACACCAGGGCAGGAGGAAGGGUACCAGUGACCCAGUCUCUGUGUUUGUGUACGAUAUCAAGCCGAACUCGGAUGAGCAGACCCAGGUGGCGAAAGCAGCAUUUAAGCGGCUGAAAACCCUUCGACACCCCAACAUCUUGUCAUUCACCGAUGGGUUAGAGGUAAGUGCCCUGAUCCUCCUGGUGCUGCUGCCUUGGACAGUCCUGCACCUGCUGCUCUCCUGUCGCUCUGAGGCAGCGAAUAUCUUCAGUCUCCUGCCUCCCCUGUCCCCCCUGCCCGAGCUCCUGGAUCCGGGCUCCUUCCUGCUGGUGCUGGCCUGGUUCGGCCUGCAGGCAGCGCUCUACAUGCUCCCCCUCGGCCGGGUCACGGAAGGCAUGCCUCUUCGCGAUGGCACGAGACUCUCCUAUCGUCUUAACGGGCUGCAGGCCUUUGCCAUCACAUCCCUCUUGGUUGGAGCUGGAGUGGCCUUUGGGGUUCUGCAGCUGAGUGCGGUUUACAACGGGUGUGUGCAGCUGGCCGUCGCCGCUGCUGUCUCUUCGCUCGCGCUGGCCGUCUUCCUGUAUGCCCGCUCGCUCUGUGUGCCCGAGUCAGCGCUGGCUCCUGGCGGAAACUCAGGUAACCCCCUCUACGACUUCUUCAUUGGCCAUGAGCUGAACCCUCGUAUUGGGAGCUUCGACCUGAAAUAUUUCUGCGAGCUGCGGCCUGGGUUGAUCGGCUGGCUGGUCAUCAACCUGGCGAUGCUGGCGAAGGAGUGGGAGCUGCGAGGGAGCCCGUCGCUGGCCAUGAUUCUCGUCAAUGCCUUCCAGCUCCUGUAUGUCCUGGACGCCCUCUGGCACGAGGAGGCAGUACUGACCACGAUGGACAUCAUGAACGAUGGCUUCGGCUUCAUGUUGGCGUUCGGGGAUUUGACGUGGGUCCCGUUCACGUACAGUCUGCAGGCCCACUUCCUGGUGGGCCACCCCCAGGAGCUGACACCGGCUGCAGCGGCGGGCAUCGUCCUCCUGAAUGCUCUUGGGUAUUUUAUAUUUCGCAGUGCCAACUCCCAGAAGAACACUUUCCGCAGGAACCCCAACGAUCCCAAAGUGGCUGCGUUGGAGACAAUCCCCACGGCAACCGGGAGGCAGCUUUUGGUAUCAGGUUGGUGGGGCUUGCUGCGACAUCCAAACUACCUUGGGGAUCUGAUCAUGGCGUUGACCUGGUCCCUACCCUGUGGCUUCGGACACGUUCUCCCGUACUUCUACGUUAUUUAUUUCACAGCCUUACUGAUCCACCGUGAGGCAAGGGACGAGCACCAAUGCCGAAAGAAGUAUGGCUCGGCCUGGAACACCUACUGCAAACGCGUCCCGUACCGCAUCUUCCCGUACGUGUACUGACGGCGUGCGCGCUGCUGUUUCUGUUGUCCCUCUUAGACACCUCUCCCCCUCCUCCUGGCUCCUCCCACCGACCACGAGGCCAUUCAGUCAGCACCGAGCCCGAGCGGACAUUCCGAACCAAGCCACGUGCCCUCUCGGUCCCCUGGGCGGAUCCCAGCUGUUUCCCGUGGCCUGAUGCUCGCGAGCCACCGGGACGGGGAACUGGAACCUCGAAGAGGAUUGUCCCCGUGUGUCUCCCCGCCGUCACUCGGAGCGAUUCCACACACGAGCUGGAGCCCGCCCAAGUUUCGAAUUGUGCGAAUUUUCGCUCACUCUGUGUUGGGAGACUUUCCUCUCGAACUGGGCUCCAAACGAACGCGGUGCGGUGUGCCUUGCUGACUUGUGGCUUCGAUGUUAAUGGUGAUAAGUUUGCUGAGCAUCGCAGGGGAUUUCAGACCAUGAUCCAAUUUGGCAUUGCGUGUUUGCUGUUUAGUUACAGAGCCUGGCGUUAAAACUGUAAAGUGACUCAAGUACAAAGCACUGAAUCCUGAAGCAGAUACUGAGCCUGGUUCUUCGGAUAGCGAACCUUUCGUUAGUACACUUUCACUUAUUCUGAAUUUGCCAUAAGAACCAAAGUUGCCAGCAGCCUACAUGAGUUCUGAUCCCCCUGCUUUAGGAAGGAUAUUAAGCUGGAUUGGGUUCAGAAGAGAUUUGCCAGGAUUUUGACGGGAAUGGAGGGGUUUGAGUUAGAAGAAGAGGCUGGGAGUUUCUUUACUCGAGCGUGGGAGGUUGAGGGGUGACCUUUGUACAGGUUUAUAAAGUCAUGAGAGGUAAAGAUGGCGUUAAUGGUGUAUUCUUUUUUCCCCCUAGGGUGGGGGGGUUUUCAAGAAUAAGGGAUAUAUUUUUAAGGUGAGAAGAGAAAGAUUUUCAAAAGGACGUAAGGGACUUUUUUUUAAAUACAGAGGGUGUUUCGUGUGUGGAAUGAGCUUCCAGAGGAAGUGGUGGGUAUGGGUACAGUUACAGCGUUUAAAAGACAUUUGGAUAAGGACAUGAACAGGGAAAGGUUUGGAGGGAUAUGGGCCGGGACCAGGCAGGUGGGACUGGUUAACAAAGUGUGGAGCUGGAUGAACACAGCAGGCCGAGCAGCAUCUUAGGAGCAGGAAGGAAGAUGUUUUGGGCCUAGGCCCUUCAUCAGAAAAUUGCCUUCCUGCUCCUCUGCUGCUUGGCCUGCUGUGUUCAUCCAGCUCCACACCUUGUUAUCUCGGAUUCUCCAGCAUCAGCAGUUCCCAUAAUCUCUGAAGGCCCCUGAAUGUCCCUUCUUAGGGAAGGAAAUCUGUUGCCUUUCUGACUCUUCGAAAUAUGGUUAAUUCCUCGUGCCCUCAGGGUGAAUAGGGUAGACACUAAUUGCUAGUUCAGUCAGGGAUGUAUUAAAAUAACCCUUCUGCUAAUAAGAACCUUAUUUCUAGACGUUCCUUCUGCAAAUACUCACCAUAGUUGGAAUGGGUCGAUUUUGGUUUGCACUUAGAAGGGUGUCUGACUUAUUAAAUCCUGGCUUAUGGCACCUCCUGAGGGGAAAUAAACUGGAUAUCAUCACGUUUGAGCCGUGUUUUGUUUGAAACUACAGGUCCACGAAGUAGCUUCCCUUUCAGAGACCCAAUCACUUCUGCCCAAACCACAUCUCACUCUCAACUCUUCAGCCCAUCGUAUUGUCAUUGCUACCUGGUGACUAGCCCACGGACCAAUCAGCUGCUUGUGUCUGGCCAUAUUCCCCUUUAGAGAGGGGGAGGCGAUAGCCUAGUGGUGUUAAUGCUGGGCUGCUAACCCAGAGACCCAGGUAACGUUCUGGGGACCCGGGUUCAAAUCCCCCCACGGCAGGUGGUAGAAUUUGAAUUCAAUAAAAUAUCUGGAAUUAAGAAUUUAAUGAUAACCAUGAUCCCAUUAUCAAUUGUUGGGGGGACAAAAACCCCAUCUGGUUCACUAAUGUCCUUUUGGGGAAGGAAACUGCCAUCCUUACCUGGUCUGGGCCUACAUGUGACUCCAGACCCACAGCAAUGCAGUUACCUCUUAACUGCCCUCUGGGUAAUUAGGGAUGGGGCAAGAAAUACUGGACUAGCCAACAAUGCCCUCAUCGCGCGAAUGAAUAAAGGAAAAAAGAAAAUUGCGCCCACACAGGCCCCAGCUUUCCUGCUCACCUCCUGCUGGGACAACCAACUGUGUAAACCUGGGUUAACAAAGUGUGGGGCUGGAAGAACACAGCAGGCCAAGCAGCGUCUUAGGAGCACAAAAGCUGAUGUUUUGGGGUACCAGGUUUCCCGCUUCUGAAAAUGUGCCACGGCAAAUGCUGGCGUUUUAACCAGUUCUUCCCUGCUUCCCAUCCGCCCCUGAUUUCGUCCAUAGUUGAGAACACAAGGACAGGAAAAAUGGUCUUUACACUGGUGGUGGAAUAUUGUUGAUGUGUAAGUGUACUGAGCAUGUCGUAGAAAAGUUGCCUCGAGUUACAGGGGUUUUGCUAAAUGUUGAAACAAUAAAUGCAUUGGAGAGAAA